AUUUCAUUUUUCACUGUCUGUGGCUUUGGCAGUGUCUGCUUUUCUUCCACCAAGUGUGUCUUGUCCUCUUCUUCUUCCUCCUCUCAAUAGGCUGUGAACCGCAAAAACCGCCAAGAUGUCUGAGAAAAAGAUGACCUCCAGCCGCAGGCAUCACCUGAAGAGCCUGAUCCUCCAGAUCGCUAUGAACUGGAUCGAGCAGGAGAAAAAGGAUGUAGAAGCAGCGAAGGAGGCCUACAUGGCCGAACACUGUCCCGCCCCAGACAUGAGCGGAGACCAGACCGCCCUCACGGAAUUCUGCAAGAAGCUCCACGCCGCCAUCGACAAGGUCGAUGAGGAGAGAUACGACAUCGAGGCCAAAGUGCAGAAAGCUGACAAAGAGAUCGAAGAGCUUAAGAUCAAAGUGGUGGACCUGAGAGGUGUGAAGAAACCCGCCCUGAAGAAGGUUCGUAUGUCUGCUGACUCCAUGCUGCAGGCUCUGCUGGGCUCCAAACACAAGGUGACCAUGGACCUGAGGUCCAACCUGAAGCAGGUGAAGAAGGAGGUGAAAGAGGAGACUACAGAAGCAGUGGGUGACUGGCGUAAGAACAUCGAGGAUAAGGCUGACAGGAAGAAGAUGUUCGAGUCUUCCUAAACGUAUCGCUGCUGUUUGUCUUUCUGUUUAUAUGAACUCCACGUGUCUUAUAUCUGUUGAAUCAGGCGGUUGACGUGUCUGAGAGAAGUCACUCUGCAGGAGAUUCAAAAUGUCUGAAGGUUUGUUUGGUUUUUUUUUUUUUGUGCACUUUGUUUUGUCCUGGAGCGAAGGGGAGGAGUGUCGAGAGAGUUUCUGCAGGUUCACACACCGACUCACAAACAUUCACACAAACUGAACCAUGUUGAAUAAACACAAUAAAGUCAAAUGUGGAAGAAAA